AUGUUGAAUCUAAAUCUAUCGGCAUCACUAAAUAUCACAAGGCUUAUCUUCAAGCCGAGUCUGUGUCUGCCUCAUCACACAGUCUCAACUUUCAAUGACUUGCCGAUUCCACUUGAAAAAGGCUUGCAAAAAGAUGGUCGAAAAGUAGAGAUCAAGGCUGUUGUUCUCGACAAAGACGAUUGCUUUGCUUAUCCUGAUAGUGUUGAAGUGUAUGAUUCCUACAAGUCUCACUUUGAAAAGCUAAGGUUGGCUUAUCCUGGUCGCAAAUUACUUGUGGUGUCAAAUACUGCGGGAGCAACGUCAUGGGAUAAGAAUUUGAAGCUAGCUUCUGAGGUCGAAGAGAACACAGGAAUCACUGUGCUCUCGCACUUGGUCAAAAAACCAGGUUGUGGCCAGGAGAUCAUGGAAUAUUUCAAAAAGCACCCAGAAACAGGAGUGACAGAUCCUGCACAGAUUGCGUUCGUCGGUGAUAGACUGACGACCGACAUGAUGCUUGCAAAUAUGACAGGAGGGUGGGGUUUUUGGGUGAGAGACGGUGUAAUACCUUUAGAAAAGAAGAGCAUCUUCUCGAGAUUGGAACGACCUUUAGCUGCUUUCCUCUUUGCUAGGGGUAUUCAUGCUCCUGAACCCCGCAGCAUCUUUGAGGAGUAG